AUGCUCAGCUCGGAUUGGGCUGACCGCUCUGGAUGCACCGGGUGACAGCUGAGCAGCUCCUGCCCCAGCCCAGAGCCCAUGAAAAAGCUCGGGGCCUCCAGGUUGUGCAGCAGUGAAGAGAAUGCUCUCCAGCUUCCACCUCCGCUGCCCUCUGCCAGCUUUUAUCAUUUAUGGUUUGGUUUUCCAGGUUCAUGAGCUGCAGUCAGCUCCGCUCAACGUGACAGGACCCCCCGGCCCCAUCACUGCGCCCAUGGGCGAGGACGUGGUGUUGCCCUGCCGCUUCUCCCCGGAGCAGAGCACACGGGACACGGAGGUGAUCUGGUUUCGGGAACACUUCUCUCCCUUUGUGCAUCGUUACAAGGGGGGCCAGGACCAGUACAGGGAGCAGAUGCUUCAAUACCAAGGGCGCACCAAGCUGCUGAAGGACGGCCUCACCAAGGGCAGCGUGGACUUGAAAAUUUUCCAUGUCCAACUGUCUGACAGAGGGAAUUACACCUGCUUUGUUCGCCGUGACUCAGAUUAUGAUGAAGCUGUGGUGGAGCUGAAGGUGACAGCCAGCGGCUCUGCCCCGCUCAUCGCGCUGGAGCGCUACCAGGACGGGGGGAUCCAGGUGGCCUGCCGCUCGGCCGGCUGGUACCCGCAGCCCCAGGUGCUGUGGCAAGAUCCCCGCGGGCAGCAUCUCCCAUUCCUCUCGGAAAGUGUUACCCAGGACAAGAGCGGCCUCUUUGCAGCAGAAAGCAGCAUAAUCCUCACCAAGGGCAUGAACCAGAAACUCUCCUGCUUGGUCCGACAUGCCCUGCACAGCCACGAACAGGGAUCAUCUUUGUACAUAUCAGACCCCUUUUUCCAAAACGCCCAUCCUUGGAUGACCGCCCUGGCCGUGGUCCUGGUUGCUGUGGUCGCUCUCCUUAUUAUCGCUGUUUAUCUGUUUAAAAUUAAAGGAAAGCAGGAGAAAAAAAUAGCUAUGCAAGAGGCAGCACUGCGGGACCGUGAUGCAGAAAUUGAGAAGCAAGCUGAAGAACUUGCAUGGAGAAGAUACACAGUGCCUAUAGAAGAAGUGAAGGUGGUUCUGGAUCCAGACACAGCCCACUGUGACCUUGUCCUAUCUGAUGACUGCAAAAGUGUGAAACGAGAAGACACACGGCAGGACAUCCCCGACAUCCCUGAGAGAUUUAACCCAUGGCGCUGCGUGCUGGGCUGUGAAGGCUUCACCUCGGGGAGACACUACUGGGAGGUGGAGGCAAUGGAUGGAGGAGGAUGGACUGUGGGGGUCUCUAGAGAAGAUGUGAAAAGGAAGGGCGAGAUUGAGUUUAAACCGGAGGAGGGCAUCUGGGCAGUGGGGCAGUGGGCAGGGCACUUCCAAGCUCUCACAUCCCCUAAUCGCACUCUCCUUCCUGAAAUCCGGACUCCCAAGCGGAUCCGGGUCUCUCUGGAUUAUGAAGAGGGACGGGUAUCAUUUUUCAGUGUUGAUGAGGAGAUUCCCAUCUUCACAUUUCCACCGGCAUCAUUUGAGGGGAUAAGAGUCCACCCUUGGGUCUGGUUGGGUCCUGGGACGUGGCUCAAAAUGUGGCCCUGAUGAAGGGGAGGGAGUAAGAGAAGGCUUUUUUAGGGGACCUCAGGAGUUCAGACUCACAGAACGAUUUAGGUUGGAAGGAACUUGUGGAGGUUUCUGUUGCAACCACCUGUUCAGAGCAGGGCUAACCUCAAAGCUGCCUUAGGUGUCUUUGGACCUUGUCCAGCUGAAUUGUGUAGGAACUCCAAGGGUGGAGAUCUCUUUACUUCUCUGGACCUCUGUCCCAGUGCUGCACCUCUCUCAAGGGGAAGAAUUAACCCUUUAAGUUUGGUCAAGUUUCCCCAGUUGCAACUUGUGACUGCUGCCUUUCAUCCUUGCUCUCUACCUGUUGAACAACGCUUCCACUGAAAAGACGCUCCUGCAACAGGGAUCGCUUUUUAAAUGUACAGAAUAAAGUUACUUCAGUGG